AAAAAAAAAAACUAUUCACCUCCCAAAAAUAUCAUUUCAACUCAAAAUUCUCUCAAGGUGUGAUUUUCUGCUUAGUAUUCACUCGAACUUAUAAUUACAGAUUCUAAAAAUCUUGUCUAUACAGUGUGGUUGGUGGCAGGAAUGAUACUUCAUCUGUAAAACCCACAUCAAAACUAAGAUGGAAAUGAAACUUAAACAAAUUGGGGGAAAGCUUAUUCAAAAUAGCCAAUACAGAAAAGCUGGGAUGAAGUACAAAUUCUGACUGAUACCCACUUUUAUAAAAUGUUGGUCUCAUACUAAGGAAACAACUGUAAUUACUCACCAUAAUUAUGUGCAUGCUUUCUCGAAUAUUUAUGCAUACUAUCAAUGUGUUCAUUGAUUCAUUAUAAUUAAUUGUCUUUGUUCUUAAAUGUGUUAGUUUUUUUAUCUAAGAGGUUCUGUUUUUUUCAGUUUUGUAUAAUAUAUAUUGGUUUCCUAGCUCAUCCUAAAUACCAUAUUUUGUAUAAUAUUCAGAAAAAAUGGAGAGUCGGCUUGAUUGGCAUUUACAGACGUGACAUACUGUAAGAGUUGAAAUAGAGGAGAAAAAAAAUAUGCCUCUGUGUGUGUGUGUGUGUGUGUGUGUGUGUGUGUGUGUGUGUGUGCUCGCGAGAGAUAGGUGUCAACCAAUGAGCAUGUGCACUGUUAGAGACAUCGUCUUAUGUCAAAGCUUGAUCUACAGUCACAAAAUACACUCCCGUUGGAAGACGUCCUCUAUGGCUCAUGAGGACCAGAGCGCGAUGGCGCUCAGUGAGGAAGAUAUGGAGACAGCGGCCGAGACAUCUCCCCGGGUCACUGAGGUCCAUCACGAAUGUAAGGAAGGAUCCAGCCUGCUGCAUAUAGAGGAGAAGUUAUUUGUAUCAAGUCUGCACUCCUUCAUGAAGGAACGGGGUUCGCCCAUUGAAAGGAUUCCACAUUUGGGCUUUAAACAGAUUGACCUUUGGAUGAUCUUUAAAGCAGUUGAGAAAUUGGGCGGAUAUAAUUCAGUGACAGCACGACGCCUGUGGAAGAAAGUGUAUGAUGAACUGGGAGGAAGUCCCGGUAGCACCAGUGCUGCAACCUGCACUCGCAGACACUAUGAGAGGCUAGUGUUGCCUUAUGAAAGACACCUAAAAGGAGAAGAUGAUAAGCCUCUGCCUCUCAGCAAACCAAGGAAGCCUUAUAAAAGGAAUUCGGGAGGGAAAAUAAAAGCAGCGUGGAAGGGGAAAAGGAGCAAAACAGACAGAGAAAAAGAUUCGGAGAGGCUGCUUUCAGAGGCCGCUAGUCGGAGUGGAGCAGUGGUGCAUCCUGAUUCUGCUCUCUGGUCGGCUAACACUGACAGGCACCAGCCACAAGUGCCUCUUGCCCCUGACCUUUAUGCAUAUUCACACCUGCUGCACAGCCCCGCAACAACAGCCUGGCCUGCGAACAUCUCCUCAGCUGUUGGAGAGGUCAUCUCCCCUCUGGAGAAAAAGAAGCGCGUAGCACAGGCCAGCCUUCGAGCGGAUCCGCAGGGGGAGAGUGACAGGGCUUCUGUUAUUCACCGCUCCACGUCACCAGCCUCUGGCAGCCACAAGUGUGACUCCUCUGACAGCUCGCCUCGCCCUCUCUCUUCCUCCUCCUUCUCCUCCAGGAGCCCAUCCCUGUGCUCCAUCUCAUCAGAGGACGAACAGAACUCUGCACCGAGCUCAGAUUUGGCCCCCGAUUGUUUCAUCCGAAAUGAUGACACACCCAGGGGACAAACGUCAAAAGAUACAACAGGAGAGAGGAAAGAUAGAGAUCAAGUCAACUCCUCAAAGGAUAAAAAUCACAUGAGAGAGCCUAAAGCUUCCACCAAAGACCUCACAUAUUCCUUUCACUCUUCGACCAAAUUGAAGUCUGACUGUGUACCAACAUCUUCCUCUGGUUUCAUCAAAGUUUUGACCAAAUCGGCACAGUUACCGCGCCCCGCGCCGAUCUGGCCAGGCCACAGAAUCCAACACGGGGCUUUGACGCAUCACAGCAAAUCUUUAAAAAACAUCCCUCCGGACUCAUUGCCCUCAUGGGAAACGUUCAGGGCAAUGCCAACAAAGUUUCCUCCCACCCAGCAGAGGCCAUCCCACGCCACUUACAUCACGCCGUCUUACAACAUGUCAGCGAGAGACUCUCAUCUCCAGACCACGCUGCAGCAAACGGCCUUCCUCCCCAGAAUGAGAAUACCUCAGUCUCAGGUCCCAUACCGCCAUCUUCCUGUCAGUACGCCUCACUCUGCUCUCAUUUACCCCUACCCGUACACCAUCCCUCUGUGGGGUCCCCGCACUUCAUACACCAUUCCCACCUUUUAUACUCAACACAAACUGUGAUUCUUUCAUUUUAUCUCCAGGUGUUAGCAAUUUCAGCUUGUGGAAAAAUACCUUUAUUACAAUUUCAGUGGAAUCUCCAAACAUUCAUGGAUUUGCAUAUUCAUGGGUUUCAUAUUUUGGAUUUUCCCCAUUUUUUCUGGGAUUUUAAUUCUUUGUUCCCUAUGCUUUUUGUGGAACUGUUUACUGUGUUUUUUAACCCAAAAAUAGGUGGGGAGGAACACUUUUCUGGGGAGGAUAAUUAGUUGCCCAUCCUUGCACUCGAUGACAAAUGGUACCUUGUACCCACCAGUCGCCAUUCAUACAACAGAUUUGUACCUUUUUGUUCAACAAGGUCUUAGAUUUCACACUGAGGAAGUAAAUUUGUGAGUAAACGGAAACAAGUCUAUCAGUAUUUCAGAUACCUUUUGGAAAAUAUGUGUGUUAUUUAGUAUAGUUCAUUGGUUUUGGUUCCUUUUUAAAAUGCACAAACAUCUACCGCCAAAAAUGUUAAGGCCGCAGUAUCGCCUUCAAUUUCAUCUGAAACAACAUUUAUAAAUAUGUCAAAAUGCUGGGACAAGCUGCAAAGUUUAAUAAAAGUUGAAUAUACUAUCAUCUU